AUGGCCAAGAACAAGAUUACUCAGCCGGCAGUGGCAUAUCCUUCACGAUCCACUAAUCUCCUAGAAAGACUCCAUCAAACUGCUGAGCAUGCUAACGGCAACGGUCAUCUGCCCGGCUCUCAAGUCAGGCUUCAGAUCUUGAUUGUCGGUGCAGGACUAGGUGGCCUAGCCACCGCCGUUGCUCUUGCUCGUCAAGGCCACAAGGUUACAGUCUUGGAGCAGGCAGCUACCUUGGGUGAGGUUGGUGCAGGUAUCCAGAUUCCCUCGAAUUCGGGUAGACUGCUCUUGAAAUGGGGUCUCGGUCCAUAUCUAGAACAAUAUGCCGUGAAGCCGGACAGUAUGACAUUUCGAAGAUGGGCGAACGGCGAUCCGAUCGCCUAUACAAGGCUCUCACCAGACUUUGAAGACAGAUACGGAGCACCCUAUUUCGUCAUUCAUCGUGCCGACUUCCAUCGAGCCCUUUGCCGCCGGGCAGAAGACCUUGGGGUAAAGAUUGUUACUGAUAGCAGGGUUACCGGCUACGACGAGUCAAUUCCUUCCGCCACAACCUUUGAUGGUCGCGAAUACCGUGCCGAUAUAAUUAUCGCUGCAGACGGCGUCAAGUCACAUGCUCGAUCAGUUGUGCUUGGUGGUUCAGACCUACCACCCCAAAAGACUGGUUUUGCGGCUUAUCGCGCUACGGUAAACACAGAAGAGAUGAAGCAAGAUGAAGACACAGCCUGGUUACUUGAAAAACCUGGGAUCAACAUCUGGAUUGGGGAAGACCGUCACGUCAUGACGUACUCUAUCGCUGGAGGCAACUCUUUCAAUAUGGUCUUGUCUCACGUCGACCAUUCAUCACCGAGUACAUGGAGCGCUGAGAAUGCAAUCCGCGAUAUGCAAGACUCAUUCAAAGAUUGGGAUCCAAAGCUGUUCAAAGUGAUCAAGAUGAUCAAGAGUACACUCAAGUGGCCCCUAAUGAGCGGUAGUCGUCUCCAAACCUGGAUAUCGAGGAGUGAAAAGCUCCUUAUCCUCGGAGACGCUGCUCAUGCUAUGGUACCAUACAUGUCCCAAGGUGCCGCCAUGGCCGUAGAAGACGGCGCUGCUCUAGCCACAGCGAUCUCAAUGAUUAAAUGCAAGGACCAAGUCGCAACUGCUCUGCAUGUAUUUGAGAAGGAAAGGAUGAGUCGAAGUUACGGUAUGCAGUCUGCAAGCUUGGUAAAUGGAAAGCUAUGGCACUUUCCAGACGGUCCUUUACAGCAAGCUAGGGAUCUUGGAAUGAGGGCUGAGGUGGAAGGACGACCAUUCGUUGAGAGCACGAAUCAGUGGAGUGACCCCGUAACUCAGAUUUGGGCCUAUGGGUAUGAUGCCGAGGAUGCUAUUAAAGAGCUCUGGCUGAGCGAGGCUGUAUAA